AAUACAAAAUAUCCGCUACUGUCGCGAUUUUAUUGUCCGGACUCUCCACUUAAACCUCCUCUUGGCUCACCGGCCAUUCUACAGUUUUGAUAAUGGCAUCGGCAUCUCUUUCCACGAAAGCCCAAUCUCCAGUAUUGAAAACAUACAUGAAAGCCCCCGAGGGCCGUUAUACGCUCCAGUAUGAGAAGAUACACCCUGCCAGUCUUCUUCAGUAUUACCACGCCAAGACCAUCUCUCAGCUAACGAUAGCUGAUCUCAAGGAGAAAUCGGUCGCACAGACGGUCACCACUCUGCCUGCCGCCACUUCCGCCAGUUCCACAAGGACGGUGGCUUCAAGGCUUCUUGGAGGAGCGGGGAGUGGCGCAAGAGCCCUAAGCUUUUCCGGUGGGAAUGGUACGGGCAAGGCCGCCUGCGUGGGCGGCAAGAUUGGAGGGUCUGUGCCUACUACCUCGGGUUGGACUAGUUAUUCAUCAAAUUCUGAUUAUUAUGAGAGGGGGACGUACCUGGUCUUCAAUGCUGGAGAUACGCUUUACAUUAGUGAUCUUAAUUCACCAGACAAGGAUCCUAUAAAAUCUAUUCAUUUUGGAAAUUCAAACCCUAUGUGCCAUGCAUUUGAUUCAAAGUCGGAUGGACAUGAUUUGUUGAUUGGACUGCAGAAUGGAGAUAUCUAUUCAGUGUCAUUCAGACAGCAGCUGCAUGAUGCUGGGAAGAAGCUUAUUGGUGCUCAGCAUUAUAACAAAGAUGGUGUGAUGACCAACAGCCAAUGCACUUGUGUUGCUUGGGUGCCUGAUGGUGAUGGUGUUUUUGUUGCGGGGCAUUCUGAUGGAAGCAUUUAUGUGUAUGAAAAAGGUAAGGAUGUGACCGCUGAUUGUUCAUUUCCUUCUGUCAAGGAUCAAACUCAAUUUAGUGUUGCACACUCACGUUCAAGUAAGAGUAAUCCUAUUGCACGGUGGCACAUUUCCCAGGGUUCAAUCAACAACUUGUCUUUCUCAACAAAUGGAUAUUUGGCGACAGUUGGGAGGGAUGGUGCAUAUUUUCUCCUAUCCCCAGAUAGUUAUUUGAGAGUAUUUGACUUUGCAAAUGAGAAAUUAAUCUGUGGUGGGAAAAGCUAUUAUGGUGCUUUGUUGUGUUGUGCUUGGAGCUUGGAUGGAAAAUACGUAUUGUCUGGCGGCGAGGAUGAUCUUGUUCAAGUUUGGAGCAUGGAAGAGAGGAAGUUAGUUGCAUGGGGUGAAGGUCAUAAUUCAUGGGUUAGUGCGGUUGCCUUUGACUUGCAUUGGCCAGCACCAGAUUCAGAUGAAACAGGAGAAAAUGUGGUGUAUCGUUUUGCAUCCGUUGGACAAGAUACUCAGAUGCUCCUUUGGGACCUUGCAUUGGAGGAAAUUGCAGUGCCUCUGCGUUGUCGUACUGGUGGGUCACCUACUCUAAGCAGCGGAGGUCCUCCUGCUCACAGGGAUAACAUUUAUAGCCCUGAAACUCUCCAACCUUCCCCAAGCUUGAGAGAUGUGCCGAAGCUCUCACCUGUAGUUGCACACCGUAUACAUGCUGAGCCUCUCUCAGGUGUGAUAUUUACAAAUGAGUCGGUGCUUACAAUUUGCAGGGAAGGGCUCAUUAAGGUGUGGAUUAGACCUGGGCGGCAAAAUGAUGAGGAUCAGUCGGCCACCUCCGAUACAGCAGAGUUUAAGGACUUGCCUUUGUUCACAUCACUUUCAUCCACCAAUUCCAGUUUUCAACAACCGGCUAUUCUUUUACAGUAGUUCAGAUACUCUGCUUGUUACUUGACCUGCCAUAGAAGCUCUUCCCAGGCUUGGGCUUGGCUGAUGUAUAAUGCAAAAAAUGUUAUGUUUUCAUUUGCAGCAUUGGUGUUUUGAUAUUUUUCCAAACAGAGGAACAACGAAGAAGCUGUUUUUUGUAUAGUAAUUUAUUUUUCUGAUGAGCAAA